AUGGCCCCAAUGAUCCAACUCGAAGGCAAUGUCCUCCUCUACACCGUCUCUCUGCUCACCUGCAUGGGCUUUCUGCUCAUCGGCUACGAUAACGGUCUCAUGGGUGGUUUGGUCAACACACCGCACUUCGACGGCACAUUCAAGAUCGACGGCAAUUCAGAGUCAGGAACGAACCUGAUAGCUUUGAUCGUCGCCAUCGUAAGCUCAUAACCCCAGCCGACUGCAAGAUGGUAUCCCUUCGUACUCACCACACUGCCACAGUACGAGAUCGGAUGCUUCUUCGGCGCCGUCACCACCUCCUUCAUCGGCGAAACCCUCGGCCGUCGCUGCAGCACCUUCAUCGGCGUCUGCAUCAUGAUCGUCGGAGCCCUGCUGCAAGCGACCGCCUACACCCGCGCGCACAUGAUCGUCGCACGCAUCGUCGCCGGGUACGGAAUGGGCUUCAUCAACUCCACCGUCCCCGUCAUGAUGGCCGAGUUCGCGCCCAAAGCCACACGCGGCGUCUACGUCUGCGCCCAAGUCUCCACCCUCAAUUUGGGAAUCAUGAUGGUCUACUGGAUCGACUACGGCUUCACCAAAAUCCCCGGCGAAAACUCCGCCGCCUGGCGAGUCCCCGUCAUCCUGCAAUGCGUCUUCCUCAUCGCCAUGCUCCUCAUGAUCAUGAUCAUCCCGGACACCCCGCGCUGGCUCAUCUCGCACAACCGCCAGGACGAAGCCCUCGAGGUCCUGCGCUCCCUCAACAAGAAGAACAUGUCCGACGAGUCCAUCUGCGACAUGCACGCCAACAUCGUCAACACCGUCGCCUACGAGGCCUCCAUCGGCGCCGGCAGCUGGUCCGACCUGCUCCGCUCCGACGAGAUCCAGUCCCGCCGCCGCUUCCUCAUCGCCUGCUCCGUCCAGGCCUUCCAGCAGCUCGGCGGCAUCAACGCCCUCAUCUACUACUCCAACACCCUCUUCUCCAAAUCCCUCGGCUUCGACACCAACAUGUCCGCGCUCAUGAGUGGCUUUCUGAACACCUGGUUCUUCGUCGCCAGUUUCAUCCCCUGGGUGCUGAUUGAUCGCGUGGGCCGACGGCCGCUGUUCCUGAGCAUGAUCAGCCUCAUGGCCGUCGUGAUGGUGGUGCAGACGGGGUUGAUCUGGAAUGUGGAAAACAAGACGAGCAUCUCGAAGGCCUGUGGUGCAGGCGCUGCGGCCAUGUUGUUCAUUUUCCAGGGGGCGUUUACGAUAGGUGAGUUUGGGGCUCUCAGAAGAAGAAGAAGAAUACACACCGGAAGCAAAGCGAAAAGGGGGGGAAGUUGCACCAGCUAACCAGUCUCCGUCUGCUGCAGGUUUCCAAGCCACAGUCUGGGUCUAUCCCUCCGAAAUCCUGCCCCUGAAAUUGCGCCAGAGGGGCGCUUCCAUCUCCACGGCCUGCAAUUGGAUCUUCAAUUUCAUGAUCGUCUACAUCACGCCCCCGGCAAUCCGGAAUAUCGGAUAUAGAACCUACAUCAUCUUCGCUGUACGUCUCCUCUCGCUCUCGCUCUUCCCCUCACCACCCUCCCUCUUCCCUUCCCGCUCUCUCACACACACACACACACACACCCCCACACACAACACACGCAACUGACUUUUUUCUUUCUUCGCCCUUCCUCAGGUCCUCAACGCAACCUGGGUGCCCAUCAUCUACCUCUUCUAUCCCGAAACCAAGGGCCUGGCGCUGGAAGACGUCGACCGGCUCUUCGCCAAGACGGACGAGGCGCAUCGCCAGAUGAGCGGGAUUAUUGACCAGGGCAAGCCGCAUGAGGACGUGGAGCGGAUUCAGGAUAUCAUUGCUCCGGGCAAGUCGUAG